GUUUAGACUGAAGAAGCAGUGCACCAUAAACUUAAUAAAUGCUUUACAGCAAUUUUUACCCACAAAAAAUGCAAAUGCUAUUGCAUUACCCAAAAAAGUGUUGAUUACUCUCAACUUUUUGGCCACAGGGUCUUUCCAGAAUUCUGUAGGUUCCAAUACCUGGUUAUCAGCAAGUCAACCUUCAUUUCCUACUACCGAGGAGUCAAUUAGACUGGUCAAACAGGGAUUCUUCUUAAAAUAUGGGUUCAGAGGUGUUUUAGGAGCAGUAGAUGGAACUCAUGUGGAAAUUCUUGCACCUCCUGAAAAUGACAUUAAUCACCCCCCAUACGUUUAUAUUAACCGGAAAGGAAAACAUUCCAUCAAUGUUAUGCUGAUUUCAGAUGUUGAUUGCAGAAUAUUAGCCGUUAAUGCCCGUUUUCCUGGCUCUGUCCAUGAUUCUGCUGUUUGGCAAAUGAGCUCAAUAAGGAACCACUUACAGCUACAGCAUGAAGCAGGUCAUACAAAUAUGCUUUUAAUUGGUGAUAGUGGCUACCCUCUUGAGCCAUGGCUCUUUACUCCGAUUGCUAUUCCAAGAAACAGUCAGGAGGAAAUUUUCAAUAGAAAGUUGAGUUCCCUACGGAACACUAUUGAGAGAACAAACGGAAUUUUAAAAGGAAGAUUUAGAUGCAUUUCCAGAUUAAGAACUGUAAUGUAUCAUCCAACUCAGGCUGCAAAAAUUAUAUACUCAUGUUGUGUUUUACACAACAUUUGUAAAGCAGCCAAUAUGAUAGAUGAGGAUAUUGAAAUGAGAGAUGAGAAUGAUGUUUCAGAUCUUGUUGGUGGUGGCAAUGUUGAUGUUAGCAUACACCAGAGGGGGAUCGAAGCCAGAAACCAUUACAUAAGGAAUAUGUAAAAUAUAAAUAAAACCAAUUUGAAAAAAUCA